AUAAAUAGUGUGACAGUCUGUGCGAGGGUAAGGUGCUUCUUUUGGGUCAAUGCAGGGAACCCAACUCACAGUAAAAUGACUGACCAAGAAAAUAACAACAGCAUCUCAGCCAACCCUUUCGCUGCCCUUUUUGGUUCUUUGGCUGAGGCUCGACAGUUUGUGGCAGGAAGAAAGGUACUGUCACAGCAGCAGCGAGCAGGUGACGAUGAGGCAGGCGAGAGCCAGGAUGAGUCGGACAACAGUGUAUCAGAAAGCCUGGAAGAGUGUGAUGACUCAGUGGCAGAAAUCAAUCGUUCUUUCUGGUCCCAGCAGGAGAUUUGUGAACAACUCAACAUCAACCACAUGAUCCAGAGAAUAUUCCUUAUCACACUGGAUAAUAGUGACCCAAGUCUGAAGAGUGGGAAUGGCAUUCCUCUGCGCUGUGUCUACCUGGAGGAACUUGGAGCUGAGCUGGAUGGGCAAGACUGGCUGGAUAUGAAUAAUGUGGAACAGGCUAUUUUCACACGGCUGCUGCUUUCAGAGCCAGAGAAGUAUCUGAUCUCCAUGACUUCCUCAACAGCCCCCAAUCUGUCUGCAGACAGAGAUGCUGGAGAGAAACACAUCAUGCCUUUCCUGUUUUCUAGUUUCCAGAGAUCAAAAAAAGAGGUCACCAAAGUGCCUGAGAACCUGCUGCCAUACGCUGUGCGCUGUAAAGCAUUAACAAUCUCAAACACCCGCACUGUCCUGCUUACUCCAGAGAUUUACGUAGGACAGGAUGUCCCAGCGCAACUUGUGGACCUAAUGCUGGAGGCAUUGCGGGGAGCAUAUUUUGAAGAAGUUACAGAAUUCCUUGAAGAGAUUAUCGAAGCUUUGCUGGCGGAUGAGGAGGUGCGCUCAUUCAGAGAGGUCUUCAACCCUAUGUUAGAUGUUCUUCUGGAGAGGGUGAAGGAUUUGGACCUUUGUCAGACAUUGCUGUACACAUACCUGGACCUCCUUCUAUACUGUAGCAAACAAAAGGAUAUUGCAAAGGUUUUUGUUGAAUAUAUUCAGCCUCAGGACCCUAACAAUGGACACCAAUACCAGAAGACCCUGCUUGGAUCCAUACUUAAUAUCUCAUGUCUGCUGCGUAUCCCAGGGGUGGUGGAAAAUCACAACUACUUCCUGAAUCCUUCUCGAUCUAGCCCCCAGGAAAUCAAAGUGCAAGAAUCUAACAUUCAUCAGUUUAUGGCUCAGUUCCAUGAGAAAAUUUACCAGCUCCUGAAGAAUCUGCUCCAGCUGUCUCCCGAUACCAAACAUCGAAUCCUGUCUUGGCUGGGAAACUGCCUACAUGCCAAUGCUGGCCGAGGCAAAAUCUGGGCAAAUCAAGUGCCUGAGAUCUUUAUGCAGACCUAUGCUUCAGACAGUUUCUUCUUGAAUUUGGGAGCGGCUUUACUACGCCUUUGUCAGCCAUUUUGUAAACCAGGAUCUGCUCGUCUUCUGACCUUUAAUCCCACCUACUGUGCUCUGCGUGAAGUCAAUGAGGAAGAACAACGGAGCCGAAAUGUGCAUAUGAAAGGACUGGACAAAGAGACCUGCCUCAUUCCAGCAGCUGAGGAUCAGCAGCCAGAUUUUCCCCAGGUCUUCAACUUGGUGACAGAGAACUUGGUGUUAACACAAUACACACUGCACCUGGGUUUCCACAGGUUACAUGAGCAGAUGGUGAAAGUGAAUCAGAGUCUGCAUCGGCUGCAAGGAGCAUGGCGAGAGGCACAGCAGAGUGCCAACCCUAGUGCAGAGAACCUGAGAGAGCAGUUUGAGAGGCUCAUGACCAUCUACUUGUGCUUAAAGACUGCUCUGAGUGAGCCCCAAACACUGCAGAAUUGUCUUCACCUGCAGGUUUCCACUGCGCUACUUUUGGUGCAGAUUGCCCUGGACAAUCGAGGCACAGAGCCUGCGGAGCUCAUCUUUCCGAUGUCUAAUGUGCAGCACAGCUCUUUGGCUUACAUACCAGAAUUCUUUGCAGAUAACCUGGGUGAUUUCUUCAUCUUCCUGAGGCGUUUUGCUGAUGAAGUUUUGGAAACUGCAGCAGAUUCUCUGGAACAGGUCCUGGACUUCAUCACUGUGUUCACAGGGAGCAUUGAAAGGAUGAAGAAUCCUCAUCUGCGUGCUAAGCUGGCAGAGGUGCUGGAGGCUGUAAUGCCUCAUAUGGAGCAGACAUCAAAUCCUCUCAUCUCUAGCGUCUUUCACAGACAACGCAUCUUUUGCUCUUACCGACACGCUCAACACCUGGCAGAAGCCCUUAUAAACGUUUUUGUGGACAUUGAGUUUACUGGUGAUCCCCACCAGUUUGAACAAAAAUUUAAUUAUCGACGUCCAAUGUACCCAAUCUUGAAGUACAUGUGGGGAAAGGACAACUACCGUAAGAGCAUCAAGAGCUUGGCAGAUUAUGCUUCUCAGAAUCUUGAGGCUGUAAAUGCUCCCCUCUUUCUUCGUUUCGUCAACCUGUUGAUGAAUGAUGCCGUAUUCCUCCUUGAUGAGGCCAUUCAGUACCUGAGCAAGAUUAAGAUCCAGCAGAUAGAAAGAGACCGGGGGGAGUGGGACUCUCUGAGUUCCGAGAGUCGCCGUGAAAAAGAAUCCAAUCUUCUUAUGUCUGGACAGCUGGCUCGAUUCCACAAUAUCAUGUCAAAUGAGACGAUUGGGACGCUUGCUUUUCUAACCUCAGAUAUCCGCUCACUCUUUGUACAGCCUGUGCUGGCUGAGCGCAUCAUCUCCAUGCUCAAUUAUUUCCUUCAGCAUCUAGUGGGGCCCAAGAUGGGUGCUCUGAAAGUCAAAGAUUUCAGUGAAUUUGACUUCAAGCCUCAGCAGCUUGUUUCUGAUAUCUGCACAAUCUACCUGAAUCUGGGGGAUGAAGAGAAUUUCUGUUCCACUGUCCCCAAGGAUGGACGUUCCUAUUCUCCGAUGCUCUUUGCUCAGACAGUAAGAGUGCUGAAAAAGAUUAACAAGCCAGGAAAUAUGAUUGUGGCAUUCAGCAAUCUGGCUGAAAAAAUCAAGUCCUUAGCAGACCUGCAGCAACAGGAGGAAGAGACCUAUGCUGAUGCCCCUGAUGAUUUCUUGGACCCUAUUAUGAGCACGGUCAUGUCAGAUCCUGUCAUCCUGCCGUCAUCACGGGUUACAGUAGACAGGUCAACCAUUGCAAGGCACCUACUCAGUGACCAGACGGAUCCAUUCAAUCGUAGCCCUCUGACCAUGGAUCAAAUUAAACCAAACAUUGAACUUAAGGACAGGAUCCAGCAGUGGCUAUCCGAGCGCAAACAACAAAGUGCAAACACACAGCGAAAAACAUCUUAACUCUAAUUUAAAACUGUUUCUUAAAACGGAGAUCAAUUUUGCAGCUGCACUUACAGAUUCCAACAUGGAAGUGGUUAAUAGCGGGAGGCAGCUUUCUCAUAUCUGCCCUCAUCUGAUCUGUCCAUACAGCUGGUGAGAAGGUCAGCCGACCUCUACAGUGCACAAUGAGAUGUGAAAAGUAGCCAGAUCCAACCCCCCCCCCCCAAAAAAAAACAACCAGUGAGUGCAUCUGUGGAGAACUGUAUUUGCUUUUAGUACUUAUCUGCUUAAACAAUAUGGAUGUCAAUAGAUGUAGUGACCCCUCACGCAUACACAUUUGCUUCACUGGCAUACAUCUAGAUCUGGCUAUAAUUUGGUAAUAUUUCCGGAAGUUUUAAAGAAUUAUGAAUGUUUACCACAUGUUGUAAAGCUGAGCCAACUACUUUGGGAAUAUAUAUAUAUUUAUAUGCACACUCACAUAUAUAUAUAUAUAUAGCACGGGGUCUCCACUGACAGUCUUGUCUUGAGAUCUUAUUGUAAUAUAUUGUGAAAAUGAAUAAAUCCUAUAAGUUA